AUGGAAAGGUAUAAUGUCAUUAAGGAAGUGGGUAAUGGCACAUUUGGAAAUGUCUGGCGAGCUCUAAACAAGCAGUCUGGUGAAGUGGUCGCGAUCAAGAAAAUGAAGAAAAAAUAUUACUCAUGGGAAGAAUGUAUAAAUCUUAGAGAAGUGAAGUCACUGAGGAAAAUGAACCAUCCAAAUAUAGUGAAGCUCAAGGAAGUUAUAAGGGAAAGUGAUGUCUUAUACUUUGUUUUUGAGUACAUGGAAUGUAACCUUUACCAGCUUAUGAAGGACAGAGGAAGCUUCUUUUCAGAGACUGAAGUGAGAAACUGGUGCUUUCAAGUAUUUCAAGGUCUUGCGUAUAUGCAUCAACGCGGAUAUUUCCAUCGUGACCUCAAGCCAGAGAACUUGCUAGUAUCAAAGGAUAAGAUAAAGAUAGCUGAUUUUGGUCUUGCUCGGGAGAUCAAUUCUCAACCGCCAUUCACUGAAUACGUUUCAACCCGCUGGUAUAGGGCCCCUGAAGUUUUACUUCAGUCUCCUGCAUAUGGCCCUCCAGUCGACAUGUGGGCAAUGGGAGCAAUAAUGGCAGAAUUAUUCACGCUGCGCCCUUUAUUUCCAGGUUCCAGUGAGGCCGACGAGCUUUACAAGAUAUGCUGCGUGAUAGGGAGCCCGACCAGGAAUGAAUGGACCGAGGGUCUUGGACUCGCCACUGCCAUAAAUUAUCAAUUCCCACAGGUUGCUGGGGUUCAUCUUUCUGCUCUGAUACCAGGUGUUAGUCAGGAUGCAAUUAAUCUCAUCAAGUCCCUGUGUUCGUGGGACCCAUACAAGAGGCCCACAUCCUUGGAGGUCCUUCAACAUCCUUUUCUUCAGAGUUGCUUUUAUGUUCCUCCAUUUCUACGCGUGAAAGCUGCAAUUCCGAGAACAUCUCCUCCUGCUGGAACAAGGGGAGUAUUGGAACAGAAUCAUGAGAGAAAGUACAUGGAAUGUAUGUCAAACUUCAGAGCAGAAAACAAUUUUCCUCCUGGAAAACCACAUGCGUACAUGGUUCCAGGUGCUCAAAGGAAGUUGGGCAGGAAUGAUCAGGAUUUGUCGAAAAAAUGCAAGGACUUAAUGAACUAUUCUAAGCCUCAGCCAAGAUAUCAGCCACCUGGAAUAAACGGCCCAUCAGCUGGCAACCUGGGGAAAACGCGUGGUGUGGAGGAUACUGUCGAUAAGUUUGCUGACAUGGCAGUGGGGUCCGUGCCUCCACCUAUGAAGGCUGGAGGUUGGCAUGGGCAGUCCAAUUUGUUUUUCGGGCGUUCACAAGAAGUUAUUGGCACACGAGCAGCUUAUAACAGGAAGGUGGCUGGAUGA